AUGCCGAUCAGCUACUGUGUUUCGUCUAAGAAGGCGUCUGUCGUUUCCGAAUCAGUUGUUGGAAACUUUACAGGACACGAACAUGUAAACUUGAUCGUUGCUCGUGGAAAUCGAAUUGACGUGCAGCUCGUCUCUCCUGAAGGCCUCAAGAAUGUUUGCGAGAUUCCUAUUUACGGUCAAGUGCUUACCAUGGCCCUAGUGAGAUGCAAACGAGAGAAGCGACAGUCAUUGGUAGUCGUCACCGAAAAAUGGCAAAUGGCAGUAUUAACUUACCGAGAUGGUAAAGUGAUUACUCGUACCGCCGGAGCUCUUGCAGAUCAAAGUGGCCGCGCUUCGGACAACUUAUUCAGUCUUACUAUCCAUCGUAGUGGGCUUGUAGCAAUCCGAGCAUAUGAAGGAAGUGUGAAGAUGAUCCAAUGGGAGCCCGGAACUGAUGUUCGCAGCUUUAAUGUACGCUUUGACUAUCCGAAUGUGUCUGAUUUCAAAUUUAUUGAUACUGGAGUUGAUGAUACAUAUCGAAUUGCGUUCAUCUACGACGACGAUCAUGGUAAACAUCUGCAGUUCUCCGAUCUCAACAUGCAUGACAAAGAACUUCAUACUUUUUCAAGACAAGCCAGCAUUGCAGCUGAUGCUUCGGUGUUGAUUCCUGUCCCCGCGCCAAUAAGUGGAGUCCUCGUGUUGGCAGCAAACUCAAUUCUUUACAAAUCAAGUGACGUUAAUGGUGAUGUUGUUCCUUACGCCAGUCCUCUUCUCGAUAACACUGUAUUCACUUGCCAUGGACUGGUUGAUCCAUCUGGAGAAAGAUUUAUACUUUCUGACACAGAGGGUCGACUUUUGAUGCUAAUUCUGAAUAUUGGAGAAGGACGUUCUGGUAUAACUGUCAAAGAUAUGCGCAUCGAAUAUUUGGGAGAAACCUCUAUUGCUGAUUCGAUCAACUACAUAGACGCUGGUGUCGUAUUCGUGGGAUCGAGACUUGGUGAUUCGCAACUAAUUCGAUUAAUGCCAACUCCAAGUGGCGGAAGUUAUUCAGUGGUUUUAGAAACAUACAGCAACAUAGGACCCAUUCGUGAUAUGAUUAUGGUAGAGUCUGAUGGUCAAGCACAACUUGUUACAUGCUCAGGAGCUGAAAAAGACGGAUCUCUUCGUGUGAUUAGAAAUGGAAUUGGAAUCGAAGAAUUGGCGAGUGUCGAGCUUGCCGGAGUAAUUGGAAUUUUUCCGAUACGUCUCAAUUCUACUACCGACAAUUAUGUUAUUGUAUCUCUAGCGGAAGAAACACAUGUUCUUCAAAUAAACGGCGAAGAGCUUGAGGACGUACAACUUCUUCAAAUCUGUACUGAAAUGCCCACUAUAUUCGCGUCAACUAUCUUCGGACCCGACAACUCUGAAGUACUUCUCCAAGUAACAGAGAAACAUGUUCGUUUCAUGGCAUUCUCUGGGCUUUCCAAAAUCUGGGAACCACCAAAUGGCGAGUUAAUUUCUAAAGUGUCUGUCAACGCUAUUCAUGGACAAAUUGUUGUUGCCGCUAGAGACACUGUCUACUUUCUUUUAUGCGUCAUUGAGGAAAUGGGUGGUCUCGAUAUAAAUUUGGUCGCGGAAAGAAAGUUCGAGGAUGAAAUUGCUUGUCUAGAUAUUUCAAAUGAAGGAGACGAUCACACAAAACCAGGAACUUUCAUGGUUCUCGCUUUGUGGAGUACUUUCUGCAUGGAAGUCGUCCAACUCCCAGAUUUGAAGACGGUUUGUCAAACGAAUCUUCCAUCAAAAAUUGUACCUCGGUCGAUUGUGGCAACAUGCAUUGAAGAAGUUCACUAUCUUCUUAUUGCUUUCGGAGACGGUGCACUUGUCUACUACGUUUUUGAUAUUAAAACUGGUACACAUGGAGAAGCGAAAAAGUCCAGUGUGGGGACUCGUCCACCUACGCUCUAUCGAGUUCGUAACAAAAAUCGUCAACAUUUGUUCGUGUGCUCCGAUCGCCCUGUCAUUAUUUUUUCAUCCAGCAAGAAGUUGGUGUUCUCGAAUGUUAAUGUCAAGGUGGUUAAUACAGUCUGCUCGUUGAGUUCAAGUUCAUAUUGUGACUGUCUUGUCAUCUCAGACGGAAUCUCCAUGGUUUUUGGCACAGUAGACGACAUUCAAAAAAUUCAUGUCCGCUCAAUUCCUAUGGGAGAAUCAGUGCUUAGAAUUGCUUAUCAAAGAAGCAGUGGAACAUACGGAGUUUGCUCUUCAAGAACUGAAUCAAAGAGAGAACGAAUUUAUGCUUCAAAGAAUGCUAUUUAUACAUCAAACAGUAGACCAAAAAUUACUUCUACUCGCAAUGAGGCAAACGAUAAUCCACCAAAGUCAACAAGCAGCUUCAUGGUUCUCGAUCAAAACACUUUUCAAGUUCUUCACUCGCACGAGUUCGGUCCGUUCGAAACAGCGCUCAGUUGCAUCUCGGGACAAUUCACAAAUGAUUCGAAGGUCUAUUACAUUGUUGGAACCGGUUUGAUCUAUCCAGAGGAGACGGACACAAAGUUCGGUAGAAUUGUUGUAUUCGAAGUUGACGAAGUUGAGAGAUCGAAACUGAGGCGUGUUCAUGAUUUGGUGUGCCGCGGAAGUCCACUCGCUCUUCGUAUUCUCAAUGGAAAACUUGUUGCUGCUAUCAAUAGCUCUGUUAGAUUGUUUGAAUGGACUAUGGAUAAAGAACUUCGCCUGGAAUGUAGUAACUUCAAUCAUAUUAUGGCACUCGAUCUGAAAGUAAUGAACGAAGAAGUAGCAGUUGCUGAUGUUAUGAGAUCAGUGUCUCUACUUUCAUAUAGAAUGCUAGAAGGAAACUUCGAGGAGGUUGCAAAAGAUUGGAAUAGUGAAUGGAUGGUGACAUGCGAAUUCAUUACUGCUGAACAAAUCCUCGGAGGAGAAGCACAUUUGAACCUUUUUACUGUCGAAGUUGAUAAAAGUCGUCCAAUUACUGACGAUGGCCGUUAUGUUCUUGAACCAACAGGAUAUUAUUAUCUUGGAGAACUUCCAAGAGUGAUGGUCAGAUCGUCUCUGGUAGCACAACCGGAUGAUUGUAGUAUUCAGUACAGUCAGCCGAUCAUGUUCGGAACAAAUCAGGGAUCUAUAGGAAUGGUGGUUCAAAUCGAUGAUAAAUGGAAGAAGUUUUUGAUUGCUGUCGAGAAAGCGAUUGCCGAUUCAGUGAAAAACUGUAUGCACAUCGAACAUACCACAUACAGAUCAUUCAUUUUCCAAAAAAGACUUGAAUCGCCUACCGGGUUUAUUGACGGUGAUCUCGUUGAAUCGAUUCUAGAUAUGGACAGAUCUGCUGCUAUCGCCAUUUUGUACAAAGUUUCCGAUAAAGGAUGGGAUGCAAGUCUUCCGAGAGAUCCAAUCGAAAUCCUGAAAGUCAUCGAAGAUUUGGCUAGAAUGCACUAA